UUAUAAAAACUGUUCAAUGAAAACGAAACAUAUAUACUAGUAAUCUGUGAAACGAAAUACGACAAGUCGCUCACACAAAACCAAGAUUAAAGUUUUCACCUAUAAUGAGUAUCAAUAAUUUUGUUCGUGAAUUGCCAAAAAUUGAAUUACAUGCUCAUUUAAAUGGAUCGUUAAGUAAAUCAACUAUGAUUAAACUAUCAAGCUGCCUUGUUGAUAAAGGAAUUGCUGAUAAGACUAACAUUUUCUUGGAUGAAUUUGAAAUAGGAUCAGGAGAUACUCGGAACUUGGCCGAUUGUUUCCAAGUGUUCAAUAUAGCACACUCUCUUACUAGUACUCCAGAAACACUAAGCUUAGCUACUGAACUAACUCUAAAAGAAUUUGAAGAUGAUGCUUGUUGCUAUAUCGAACUCAGGAGUACACCAAAAGAAACACCCUAUAUGUCAAGUAAAGAGUACAUAGAAACAAUUGUGAAGGCUAUGUUGAACUCCAAGCUUUCUAUAAUACCUGCUCUUAUAAUUUCAAUAAACCGGGCCCAUACUAUACUGGAAGCCAAAAAAAUUGCAGACCUUGCGAUAGAGUUUCAUAAAAAACAUCCAAACAUUGUUGUGGGCAUUGAACUCAGUGGUAACCCUGCGGUUGGACAGUUUCUACAAUUUAUACCAAUACUGACUAGAGCAAGAAAUGCUGGCUUAAAAGUGACACUACACUGUGGAGAAAUAAGCAAUCCAAAUGAAGUAAUGGACAUGCUUAACUUUAAGCCAGACAGGAUUGGCCAUGGUGUUUGUAUUCAUCCUCUGUAUGGGGGCAAUGAUGUCACUUGGCAGCUACUGUGCAAAUCAGCAAUACCAGUCGAGGUUUGCCUGACAAGCAAUGUGAAUACUAAAUCUACUUCAGACUAUCUCUCACAUCACUUUAAAAAGUUAUAUGAAGCUAAUGUGCCCACAAUUUUAUGUACUGACGACAAAGGAGUAUUUUCUACAUCCCUUUCCCAAGAAUAUUUAAUAUGCGCGCAAACAUUUAAUUUAAGCAAAGUUGAAAUAGCUGAAUUGAGCCUAAAGAGCUGUGAUUAUAUUUUCUUACAAGAGAGAAAACGAGAGAUCUUUGAUAUUAUACAAGGCUAUAAGAAUAAAGUAUAGUUUUUAAUAAAUAUAAAAUUAUAGGUA